CGCGUUUGCCUGGAAAAGCUCCAUGCUCGAACGAUCGACCUUCCACUACCUCUCCGACCUCUCGUCUUCAAUUUGAUCUGUCGAAUCAUCAAACAAAUCUGUCACAAAACUAUCAUCCCGAUAAAGCGCUCACUGCACCAACGCCACCGUCAACAGGCCCAAGAUGGCCGACAGAUAUUCCUUCUCCCUCACCACCUUCUCCCCCAGCGGCAAGCUGGUACAAAUAGAAUAUGCCCUCAACGCAGUCAACCAAGGCGUAACAUCGCUCGGCAUCAAAGCGACCAACGGCAUCGUCCUCGCCACCGAAAAGAAGUCCUCCACCCCCCUCAUCGACGCCUCCUCCUCCUCCAAAGUCUCCCUCAUCACCCCCAACAUCGGCAUGGUGUAUUCCGGCAUGGGGCCCGACUACCGCGUGCUCGUCGACAAGGCGCGCAAAGUCAGCCACACGGGGUACAAGCGCAUCUACAACGAGUACCCGCCGACGCGCAUCUUGGUGCAGGAUGUGGCGCGCGUGAUGCAGGAGGCGACGCAGUCGGGUGGCGUGCGGCCGUAUGGGGUCAGCUUGUUGAUUGCGGGCUGGGAUGAUGGCAUUUUGCCGGAGCAGGAAGAGCAGGCUGCUGCGGAGGAGAUGGCGGUGGAUGACGCGGCGGCGGAUAAGAAGAAGAAGAGCUCGAAGACGGGUGGAAUCUUGAAGGGUGGGCCGUCGCUGUAUCAGGUGGAUCCUUCGGGCUCUUAUUUCCCGUGGAAGGCGACGGCGAUUGGGAAGAGUGCUACGAGCGCCAAGACGUUUUUGGAGAAGAGAUACACAGAAGGGUUGGAGUUGGAAGAUGCGGUGCAUAUUGCAUUGCUCACCCUCAAGGAGACGAUCGAGGGAGAGAUGAAUGGGGAUACCGUCGAGAUUGGCAUCGUCGGUCCACCAGCAGACCAUCUUCUCGGCUACGAAGGCGUAGAGGGAGCAAAGGGACCGAGAUUCAGGAAGCUGAGUCCAGCGGAGAUUGAAGAUUACCUCACCAAUCUUUAGUCUUCCUGCGAUUUGCCCUUCUACCCAGCAUUCCCGGCGUUCGCAAAGGUAGCGAUGUAGCAUCCAUAGACGAAUCAGAACAGUCUACGAAGCU